ACCUUUCCCUAUAUUCAUCAACUUAACGUUUGUAUAACUUUUGACUCGAGAAUGUUUUAAAUUUCUCCACUUCUACUGUAUUGAACUCAACCACACGCUUUGAAUAUGAACCAUUUUUUUUUUUUUUUUUUUUGGUGCAAAUGUCAACGCCCACAAAAGCCCACUAUCAGAAAUUAUUCAGAAUCAAAUAAAUAAAAAUUCAAAGCAAACCAUAUAUCCAAACAAAUCACCAAAAGUCAGCUCCCUCCGUCUCUCUUUUAUUCAUUCAUCUUCUCCUCAUUCUUCUCUCUCUCUUCCCAACAACAAACCACACCAUCUCCAUGACCAAUCAACUCUAGGCACCAUCUUCUCCUGUGUUCUCUCUCCUCACUUUCUUUCUCUUGUUUUCAGUUUUUUCUUUCAUAUGGGCAACGGUGUCGGAAAACUCACCCUCUGUUUUUCGGGGGACGCCGGCAAAGUCUCCGGGCGACAACACAACAUCGCCGUGUUCCUCUCCAAUCCUCUCGACGAGGGUUUGGGCCACUCCUUCUGCUACAUACGACCUGACCCGUUUCUCAUUUCCUCCUCCAAAGAUGACUCCACCACGACGUUCAGAUCAAUUUCCGGCGCUUCCAUCAGUGCCAACACAUCCACGGCUCUCUCUACAUCAAUAGUAGAUCUCUCUCCGUACCUUGAAAAAGCCUCCGCUUUCGAGAGCUCCGAUUCCUUCGCUUCCAUUCCUCUGCAACCGAUUCCGCGGAAUUCAAUUCCCUCCAUCUAUUCCGGCCCAAUUCCCCGAUACUCCGGUGCUGUUCCGGGCUCGGGACCGAUGGAAAGAGGGUUCUUAUCAGGUCCUAUAGAGCGAAGCUUCAUUUCGGGUCCAUUGGAGAAUCAAUACGAUCAGUUUAAGAGGUAUAGAAGUAAAACCAAGAAAUGGGUUUUGAAUAGAAUUCUCAAGAAAAUCAUGGGGAAGUCGAUGGUUGUUCCGAUUCGAGGGGGUAAAGAAUUUGAUUGGGCUAAUGGGUUGGAGAAGAACAAUGAGCAUAGUAUAGCUAGUAACAACAGCCACACCUUGAGUGGUCAAGUGAGCUUAGGUGAUGAUGAUGAGGAGUUGCUUGAGAAUGAGAAUCUUCAAUGGGCACAAGGAAAGGCCGGAGAGGAUCGGGUUCAUAUCGUGGUUUCAGAGGAAAAUGGAUGGGUUUUUGUUGGGAUUUACGAUGGGUUUAAUGGUCCUGAUGCCACUGAUUUUUUGCUCAACAAUCUUUACUCCAAUAUUCAUAAGGAGCUCAAGGGGUUACAAUGGAAUGACAAGUUCGAAUCCAUGCCCAAUUCAAUUGUUAACGAACCUGUUUUGGUCAUGAAUUCGAAUUUAGAGACGGUGGGUUCAGUUCAAAAUGGUGAAUUUGAGCAAGAGAAUUUUCCAUGUUCAAUUGGGGAUAUGAAUUUGGAUUGUAAUUCAAAUUCAAAGAGGAAAAGUAAGAACUCAAAGAACAGGACAAAAGGGGUUGGAAAGAAAUGGGAAGAGAGUCAAAGGAAGUGGAGGUGUGAAUGGGAUAGAGAAAGAAUAGAGCUUGAUAGGAAGUUGAAGGAACAAUUGGAAAAAUCAGCUUCAAAUGGAGCAACUGGUGGUAUUAACCAUUCAGAGGUUCUGAAAGCGCUUUCAGAGGGCUUGAGGAAGACAGAGAAAUCAUUUUUGGAGAUCGCGGAUUUGAUGUUGACGGAAAAUCCGGAGUUGUCUUUGAUGGGUUCUUGUGCUCUGGUGAUGUUGAUGAAAGGGGAAGAUGUGUAUGUGAUGAAUGUGGGUGAUAGUAGGGCUGUUUUAGCUCAGAAAGCUGAACCCGAUCUUCGGAUUGGAAAGGCAAACCAUGACUUGGAAAGGAUCAGAGAAGAGACUUUGAAUGAUCUUGAAGCAUUUGAUGGUGAAGAAUUCGACAGUUUGCCAAAAUUAACUUCUCUUCAGCUCACCAAGGAUCAUAGCACAUCUGUGGAUGAGGAGGUUCGGAGAAUCAAAAAUGAGCACCGGGAUGAUGCUUCUGCUAUAUCCAAUGAUCGAGUGAAAGGCUCACUGAAGGUCACUCGAGCUUUUGGUGCUGGCUUUCUCAAGAAGCCCAAAUGGAAUAAUGCACUUUUAGAGAUGUUCAGAAUUGAUUAUGUUGGAGUUGCACCCUAUAUCAACUGUUCCCCUUCCCUUCGUCACCACAGACUAACCCCAAGAGACAAGUUUUUGAUCUUGUCUUCUGAUGGGCUCUACCAAUAUUUCGACAACGAAGAAGCGGUCUCUGAAGUCGAGAGGUUCAUUGAGGCAUUUCCAGAGGGUGAUCCUGCUCAACAUCUUGUCGAAGAAGUGUUGUUUCGGGCUGCCAAGAAAGCCGGUAUGGACUUCCAUGAAUUGCUUGACAUCCCACAAGGGGACAGGCGUCGCUACCAUGAUGAUCUUUCCAUUAUGAUUAUUUCUUUCGAAGGAAGGAUAUGGCGUUCAUCAAUGUAGAUGUAUAUACAGAAGAUUCAAAAACGUUUACACAAAAACCUAAUAAGUCCCACCAUAGUGGUAGAAGAUUGUAGUUCAGAGGGAUUGUCACCCUCACUCACUGUGUGAUAGAAGAUUGUAGUUCUUUUAAAAAUGGUGCUUCCUGAGGGUUUUCAUUUCCCCAAAAAUAGAAGUUUCACUAUACAUUUUUUUUUUUUUUUUUUUUUUUUUCCUGGGGGUAUAAGUUCCAGUAUACAUGUUGAUAAGGAAAAAACAAUUGACCAAUUGGUCUUAAAUUCAUUCAUUUUUAUAUAUAAUACAAUGUUAUGUUCUUA